AUGAAUACAUUCAACAAUUCACUUGGCGGCAAUCUUCUUUACAAGGGCUUAUCACGCCCGUCAACAGUCAGCCUAGCCUCACUCUUCACGCCCCUCGUCUCUUCAAACACGCUUCAGGACGAGUUCGGACCCGGUUUAUACGCUACUUCCUCACUCAAGUAUGCGUUGGACUAUGCUGGCCCGGAUGGGGUUAUUUUGAUUUUCAAGGAUGUUGACUUCCGUCGGUUGGUUAAGAUUGAUUUGGCCGGCGAAGACUGGCGAACUACGGUGGACUAUUGGACCGGGGCGACGAUUUCAAAUGUUUCUGAGCGCGUACCAGCACUCUGGGAGCGAUCCGAUAUCCUGCAAGGCCAGAUCUCCGUCAAAGAUCUGAGGUCCAAACAGAGGGUUCCCGGGCCAGAUUCCCAGGUCGUGGGAGUCAGCUAUGCAGGCUUGAAUGCAUUUGCAUCUGCUUUGCACAUGAUCAUUUGGCUAGACAGUUCUCAAUUGUCUAGCUAG